CAUCAAACGGCGCUCAAAUCAUGACAGCGGUUUGAAACGGUAUCCGCUGUUGGGAGUCCGCGGCUAUGUUAUUAUUAUUUUUUAUUUUUUCAAAAUUAUGGAUUUUUAGAGCGUCAAAAUAGAACAUACUUAUACAUUUCUUAGCACAUAAAAUGUGGACCGACUUGGGGAAAAAUUACGUUAAAAACACACGAUACCAGCUAAUAUGUGGUCUAUGACUGGUCUAUAUUCGUGUCUUAGGGUUCUGAUUUGGAGGGGUAAAUGGAGUCGAGACCACUGUCUUUUCACGUACGGACGUAAAGCACGGAUCUUCCAAACGAUAGCAUGUCGUUACACAGUGAACACCUACAGCACCACAACGGAGUACAGCUCCCAAAUCCGGACAUACAGGAGCCUGGAGAGGUCUUUCAAGAAAAGAUUAAGGGCCAUAUAUCGGAGGUUCUCUGAAGUUCCAGACAAUACAACGUUCCACGGCCAUAACCAUGUAUACUUCAUAGAGGCAGAUGGCAUUUACAGAAUGGAUACCAGGAAAGGUGACCCGGAGCCCGAGAAGGUGUUGUGUUUGGCCUCUGUGGGGGAGAGAGGUGGAAGCCUCCAGAGGGUGCGUCUCUCCCCCAGCGAGCAGGUCCUGGCUGCCACGGUGAAGAGCCCCCACAGGGAGGAGGCCAGGUGUGUCCUGGUCAGGCUAGGAGACGGAACCAGAGCCCUUGACCCACCUCAGCCUCUACUCACCGUCGACAAGGUCUUCAGCUUCGAAUGGGCUACGGACGACAUCCUGUUCUACAGCAGUCAGCAGGGCCUCGGGUGUCACCGUGUGUUCCGUCUGGACCUGACUUCCCCGGGGAACAGCGGCACUCUGGUGUACCACGAACAGCAACCUGAUGUGUUCGUGGAGGUGAGUCUCUCCAGGGACAGGAGGCUGGUGCUUGUCAACUGCAGCAGUAAGAGGAGCUCUGAGGUGUGGCUGAUUGGCAGCGAAGCCCCCCUAAGGGAGCCGGCUCUGGUCCAAGCCCGCCUCCCUGAGUUGUUGUACUUCGUAGAGCACUCCCACGGCCAGCUGUACAUUCUGGCCAACACCGGGCCUGGACAGGAGUACCAGGUUUUGAAAGCACCUCUCUUAUCCCCAACCAUGGAACACUGGGACCCAGUUUGUACCCCUGGCACUGGAAGAGCUGUGAAAGACAUGGAGGUGCUCCAGAACCAUUGUGUGUUGGCCACCAGGGACCCGUCUGGCCUGCUGGGACUCCAGGUGGUCCCACUAGACCAGACAGACACAAUGUGGAGCGUUCAGCUGCCACAGUGGGCCUGUGCCAUAGAGACCAAGAGAGCUGGGCUGACCGACAGUGGCUGGCUGGAGUUCCUCCUGUCGUCUCCGGUCCACCCUCCUGUCCUGUAUUGUUACUCCCCCAGGGAGAACAACCUCCUCUUACAGGAGGAAGAGAGAGAGGAGCGCAGGACGCCCCAGGAUUAUCACACAACCCGACUAGAGGCACCCAGCCUGGAUGGUACCAUAGUGCCCCUGACUGUCUUCCACACAUCUGUCCUGGAGGAGCUGAGCUGUGCUCCACUUCUGGUGCAUGUGUACGGGGCCUAUGGAACAGACCUCAACAUGGACUUCAGCCCAGACAGGAGACUGCUGCUUGAGGAUGGCUGGGCUCUGGCCUACUGUCACGUCAGGGGCGGUGGUGAGCUGGGCCUGGGCUGGCACAGACGGGGUCGUAUGGAGGGUAAGCUGAGAGGAGUGGAGGACCUGGCUGCCUGUAUCCACAGGCUCCAUGACCUGGGAGUGUCCAGACCCUCCCUUACUGCUCUGACUGCCCGCAGUGCCGGGGCCAUACUGGCGGGGGCGCUCUGCAACCUACACCCCCGUCUCAUACGAGCUGUCACACUCCAGGCUCCGUUCCUGGACGUGCUGGGCACCAUGCAGGAGCCCGGUCUGCCGCUGACCCUGGAGGAGCGCGGCGAAUGGGGGGACCCGCUGGCCGACCCCCGUCACAGGGACGCCAUCGCCUCCUACUGCCCCGUUCACAACAUCACACCUCAGCUCUACCCCUCCAUGCUGCUGACAGCCUACAGAGGAGACAGCAGGGUGCCUUUAGCCGGGGUGAUGCGGUAUGUGGAGAGACUCAGGGAAGCGAUCCACACACACCUCAAUGGCCACCCGGAGACUGAAUCUAAGCCAACACCUAGAGUCGUUCUGGACCUGCAAACGGGUGCCGACCACUUUGGCCCGGAGGACUUUGAACUGUCUCUGACUGAGAGUGCUCGACAGUUGGCCUUUCUCCACACAGAGCUGGGCCUGAACCAGCAGAAGACAAAAAACAGGCGGAAGUAGAAGGUGCGGCGAGGCCGUAUAUAGAGGUCCGUGUGUGAUAUGUGUGUUCAGUCGUGACAUCAGAAUGUGUCUAAGGGGCUCCCGUGUUGCUCAGUUCAUAGAGCAUGGGAGUUAACACGUCAGGGUUUCGGGUUCAAUUCCCGUGGGGAGGGCGUCUGAAAUGAUAUGCUCUCACUACUGUAAAUUUGCUCCGGAUAAGAUAAUUGCUAAAUGUCUUAAAUGUAACCUUGUGUAUGGGCGCCGACUAAAUCAUGUGAUGAAAAAGACAUUUACAACACCGAUGCUGUUUUUAAUGAGAACAAAUUGUCGUUGUUUUUUUUCUUUCUUUCUUUUAUGUGCACACCCAACAGUAAACACACUUAAACGUA